AUCCCCUAGGACUCCAAUUCACAAGGCGCUGGCUCCUGCCACUAGUCACACCCCUGUACGUGAUAGUGGGAUAGACUCCCUUGGGACCAGCACCCAGGGGUCCCAGCCUCCACCUGCCAUGGGCUCUGACCCUGAGGAAGCUCGGAAGCCUUGCUCGAGGGUCCAGACCUUGCUGAAGAGGGUCAAGGCCUCAUUCACCAAAGCCCCGCCUUCGCCUCCACCCCCAGUCCCGCCCCUGCCCCCCUCCUGGAACCCGGGCUGCACACAUGUGUACGGCUACGUGUUUGGGCAUGUGCAUGAGAACCACUUGGAACAUCUCCCGUCUCAACAGGUUCUGGACACUGGAGAGCAGCUGAUGGUCCCCGUGGAGGUCUUGGAGGUGGACAACGAGGGAGCAUUGUGGAAGUUUCUGCUCUCAGGAGCCAUGGCUGGGGCAGUGUCUCGUACGGGCACAGCCCCCCUGGACCGCGCCAAGGUGUACAUGCAGGUCUACUCCUCCAGGACGAAUCUCAUGAACCUGCUAGGGGGGCUUCGGAGCAUGGUGCAGGAGGGAGGGGUUCGCUCCCUGUGGCGCGGCAAUGGCAUCAACGUGCUCAAGAUUGCCCCCGAGUAUGCCAUCAAGUUCUCCGUCUUCGAGCAGUGUAAGAAUUACUUCUGCGGAGUGCACGGCUACCCACCCUUCCAAGAGCGCCUGCUGGCCGGCUCCCUGGCCGUGGCCAUCUCCCAGACCCUCAUCAACCCCAUGGAG